AUGUCGUCGCUGCGCAACGCCGUCAAGCGCUCGACGCACAAGGAGCGCGCCCAGCCGGCCGCUAGGAAGCACCUCGGCCUCCUCGAGAAGCACUCGGACUACAAGAAGCGCGCGGAUGACUACAAGAAGAAGACGGCGCGGCUCAAGACGCUCACGCGCAAAGCGGCCGAGCGGAACCAGGACGAGUUCUACUUCGCGAUGACGAAGACGGUCGCGGGCGAGCGGCGCGGGCCCGCGGGCUCGGCUUCCACCCACGCGGCGACGGCCAAGCUCAAGGCCGAGGACCUGCGCUACGUGCACAUGCGCAAGGUCGUCGACGACCGCCGCGUCGACAAGCUCCGCGCGGGUCUCCACCGCACGGAGACGGCCGCGGAGACGGCGGAGCACACGUACUUCGACGACGGCGGCGCCGCGCGCGGCGCCAGGUCCGCGCGGCGGCGCGUCCGCGAUGCCGCGCGGCCGCGGCGGCCGGACAAGGCCGCGCGCGUCGCCGGCAAGCGCGUCCGCCGCGCCUACGCGUCGCUCGACUCGGCGCUCGACGACCAGCGCGCCUCGACGGACCUGAUCCAGCGCCUCGAGGCCGAGAAGCACGUCCUCCGCGCCAAGGGCCGCAAGCGCAAGGUCGCGGGCGCGGCGCAUGGCCGCGCGGCCGUCUUCAAAUGGAAGAAGUGUAGACAAAAGUAA